AUCGGGAGCGCCUAGGGGUUACGAGUCACCAGCACGAGUAGCCGGCGAAGGAGAGUCGCGAAUCGUGAGGGUGGCUUUCCGCGUCCCUAUCGAUCGACGCCUGUGCAGUGAGCAACCCCUCGGUGCCGAGCGUCGACCGUGUAAAGCCCAGGGAGACAAUCUCCUCUGGUUCGCGCGUCCUGCUGCGUUCUACGUCUCCUUCUACCUAGUUCGAGUUAGCAACAUCUUCUACUUCUUUUUCUACGUCUUUGGAUUUGGAUUCGUCCUUUUUCUCACGUGUUCUCACGCUUAUCUCUCUUUCCUUUUUCCCUCUCUUCCUUUGUACUUACCUUUUAACGAAGAAAAAAGUAGAAAGUAGAAUUUUCUCAUACUUCGAUCUCCUUUCCAAAGGAAAGUAAAAAAAGAAAAAGAAAAUUGCCCAGUGAAAUGUAUAUCCAAGGUGAAUAUUCGUGUGUGUACAUAGAGUGUAUCUGAAUGGUGGUUAGUGUGUCUUUCUUAAUCUAUUUCGUUUUCUUCGUUCAUAGAGAAUCAAAAUCCACUUUGCACGUACGAUAAUUGUUUACGUCGUGACUGCACCGAACGUGGACGAGUAAAUUGUUAUCAACCAAGGACCAUAUCGCCGAACAAUUAGCUUUACUCGUGAUCACUCUAUCGGGAAAAAAUAUAGAAGAAAUUGGUGAUAAUAGAAACGAAUGAAAAAACGAGAGUAUUUUUCUCAAAGGAAAAAAUAAAGAAGCAGCGUUUCGUUGCUUCGAUUAGAUUCGGUGAGGAGACACGCGAUAAAUUAACACGGCGAAGAUAAGUGGAACGAUCGAGACGUGAGUGGAGGAGCAAGGUCACGGAUAAACGAGGAGCUCGCAAAGUGUUACUCGAGUGGGAAAGAGCUUGUUUUCUUCGCGUCGAUGGACGUUAGCAAGCUUCUUUAUUACGAAGACCGUUCACCGUUGGUGUUGCGUUAUUAAUAAUAGACGACGUAGUCGAGUGAAUCUUAAAAGGACAGUUUAUUCGGCUCGACUUGGCCCAGAAACGAUGGUCAUCGUAGCAAAAGCAUUCAACUUGAUAAGAUCCUGCAUGAUUCACGAGCGAAAUUCGAACGGUUGAAGGGGAAAGGAUAAAGGAGAAUAAAAAGAAAGUGAAAUAAAAAAAAAAAAAGAAAAGAAGAAAAGAAAAAGGAAAAUAAAGGAUGUCGGAAAGCGAGACGAAGCCAGCCUCACCGGUGCCAAACGUUUGCACGCAAGGUUGCAACAGUCUUAUCACCGUACAAUGUCCAACGCUUCAAGUGACAUCACGAAUGUUACGUUCACCAAGUCACGAAAGUGUCACCACCGAUAUUUCCCUCUUCAGUGUAUCUUCGAUAGCAAGUGAAUUACGAGGUGCCAACAGGUUGGUCACCUUCAAAUCGUACAGCGAUGUGCAGCUAGCUGGACGGGGACCCUCGCCGAAACCCGAUCGGCAGAUUCAGGGUAACAGACCAGCAGAUAUUCCGGAAAUUCUCUGGUUCGAGGAAGAGAACGAUCUGAUCCGCAGUUGCGGUGUUCUUUCCUCGGCACUGGGUCUUCGUAAAAGCUUCAGUACGAGCGAUGUUUCGCAAUUACCAAGCCCAGACGCAUCUAUACCAACUGGACUUCGUUCAGCCGUCUCAGCUUUGGCACUCGAUACUCAAAGAAACAAUCUACUUUUGGAACAUGCAAGGCUCGAUCAUGCCUCGAGAUCCUGUAGCACGUGGGUCGCUGUAGGUGAGCCCGUCGCGAGUACGUCUCAACUUCCGAGUCCUCACGGUGGUGCAGCGCAAGAACAGCCGCAACAAUCUUCGAGCUCUCAUUCCUCUGCACCUCAACCACCACCAGCUCCACCACCACCACCGAUACCCUUUACUGGUGCCGAUCUCAUCAGGUCUGUCAAUAAGAAGGUUCGACAGAAUUAUAUACGCCGAAGGUUGCUGACAACUUAUCGAGCUCUUGAACGACUAUCUCAAAGUGAAUUCAACUUGGACCAAUUGGAGGCAGCAGCAAGUGCAGCACAAAGUACACCAGGUACGACAUUGCUCGUACCUGGCACUACUUCAGCACUUUCUGGUACGUCGAUAAUCGGUCGAAAGGAACGGAAUCAUGCGUUGACUGUCAGAGACGUCGAAAGGGAACGUGGUAAUCAACUGUCCAAGUACGAGAGGAACAUGAUGAUCUUCAACUGGCUUCACACCCUCGAUGAUACAGCGAUCGUCGACAGUGUCGAAUAAUCCUAAUUGAUUGAUGAUAAUCGGCUUAUCAAGCACCUAUGGCGCUUACCGAUCACGGACUAAUCGGCAUUGACGGAUUAUUUCUAUCUUCUUCUUCUUUUUUUUUUCUUUUUAAUAUUCGCUGUUCCUUUCUUUACCUUUUUUGACUUCUUUUUUUUAACUUUUUGAACUCGAUUUAAGAUACGCAAAUAAUAUACAUAAAUAACAUACAUAAAUAAAAUCGAGAUGCAAUUUCGUAAACGGAAAAUCUUUCCAUAGAGGAAUAAAAGUUGUUACAAUGCAAAGAUACGGAAACAAAAAAAAAAAAGAAAGAAAAAAACAGAUUGAGAGACGUCCGUCCCCUCUCGUCCAAAGAUAUAUCACAUUAAAUAGAUAAAAGAGAAAAUAAAACAAAAAAAAAGAAAGGAAAAGGAAAGAAUUCCGGCGAACAUAUCCGAACAAUCGGUCGAUCGGAACGAUGUGUACGAAGAUAACGAUUCACUGAUUCACCAAGUGCACGCACCUAGAACCAUAGAAUGUUGAGACUAAAAUGCGACAUCACGACCUAUCAUUUUUAUUAUACUUAUACUUAUCGUCGAUGCAACGACAGAGUAUGUGAUAUAUUUACCAUUUUUCUUAUUCGACGACAAAUUUUCUUGCUUUUCCGUCAUUGACAAGACGAAACUGAAAAACAAAAAGGAAAAAAAAGGACAAAAAAUACAUAAUGCAACAUUGAUUAUUGUCGUUGCAUCAGUGAUAUAGUAUAGCGAAACUAGUAUAGCGAAACUCUUACCUUUUUUUUUCAGUGUUAUAUUUUAUCCGAAAAAAAAAAAAAAAAUAAAACAGAACGCUGAUAGCGUCGUUGCUCGACUGCUACUGCAUUACAAAAUUCAAGUAUGUAAGGAAAAAGUUUUAUUAUUUUCUUUCUUAGAAGCGGAGAUUUCGAUUAAUCGCGUCUCGCCAGGUGUUCAGGAUAAGUAUUAAUUAAGUUACAAGAAAUCGUAACGCUAAAAUUGAAGAGAGAUCGCAACGAGCUUUUGAGAGCAUUCUUAUCGGACUUCUAUAAAUUUAUUUUGACACAUCUAGACGAUUUGUCAUUUUACUAACGACGAAUUUAUACAUUUUCUACAGUAAAAGAAAAAGACGAGUACACUUUUGUAUUCAGUUUGAUACAGCAAGAUAUUUUUCUAUCUAUUAUGCAAAUCAAUCCAUUGACAAUUAUUUUCACAGAACAUACAGAAAGCUCUCUGCGAUUUGCCUUCAGUUUCAUAAUACGUGUUCCUAUCAAAGCCUUAACAGUCAAACAUAAAUAGUGAAACCAAAAAGAAAGGAGAAAGAAAAAAUAAAUCCUCAAAAAACUGUAACCUUUGAAAUUUACUUUUAUACUAAUUCUCUCACCGUUAAAAACCGACCGAUUAAUAGACUUCGCUUAUACGCAAAUAAUUAUCAGUAUUAUGCGUCAUAAUACACAAUAAACACCUACACGUACUAAGGAGAAGAGAUAUAUAUAUAUAUAUAUAUAUAUAUAUAAUAUGUAUAUGUACGUAUACCUAUACAUUCCUGGGGUUGUAAAUGACGAAUGUGUGAUUGGAAUAACGUACGCUUUCCUUCUUAUAUUAUAUAUUUAACGUUUCUUCCAAAUGUUACAUUUGUGAGUCUCGCAGUACAUCCUUUACCCGGUGAUUUCUCAUCGGAUGGUAUGGAAUCCUAAUAAAAUCGCAGAAUCUAUUAUA